AUGGCUCCACCAAAAUUUUCUGAUCUUAACAAACAAGUUUCCGAUAUUUUUAAUAAGGGCUACUUUUUUAAUAUAUUUAAACUUGAUAUUAAAACUCGUACUGCUAAUGGAGUUAAUUUUAAUGUUAUUGGCGAACAUAAUACUGAAACAUUAAAAACAUCUGGUAGUCUUGAAACCAAAUAUGUUGUUCCUGAAUAUGGUUUAACAUUUUUGGAAAAAUGGAAUACAGAUAAUUUACUUAAAUGUGAAAUAACAGCGGAUAAUCAAUUAGCUGAAGGAUUUAAAAUUGUAUUUGAUGCAAGUCUCAUACCAAAUACUGGGAAGAAAACAGCUGAACUUCGUACAACAUAUACACAUGAUAGAGCUCAUGUUGAAACAAAUGUUGCUUUUGAUAAUAAUGGUCCAAUUCUUAAUGGUGCCAUUGUUGUCGGUCAUCAAGGUUGGUUAGCUGGUUAUCAAUAUGUUUUUAAUACAGCUCGAUCAUUAUUAACAAAAAAUAAUUUUUCUGUUGGCUUCAAAGCUAAAGAUUUUACUUUAUAUGCAAAUAUGAAUGAUGGUAAUGAAGUUGGUGGCAGUGUUUAUCAACGUGUCAAUGAUCGACUUGAAACUGGUGUACAAUUAGCUUGGACAGCUGGUUCAAAUCAAACACGAUUUGCAUUUGCAUCAAAAUAUCAACUUGAUUCUCAAACUGUAGUUGGUGCAAAAGUAAAUAAUAUUUGUCAAGUUGGUCUUUCCUUUCAGCAAUUUUUACGACCAGGUGUCAAAUUAACUUUAUCGGCAUUAUUCGAAGCUCGAAAUUUGAAUGCCGGUGGACAUAAAGUUGGUUUUGGACUUGAACUUGAUGGAUAA